CACCGCGAUUCACCUCACAAAUCCCACCAAAACUCACAAGGAAAGGAAGGAAGGGAACCCACCCCAAAAUCCACGCACAAUCAAGCUCACACGAGUCGUCGCCACGCGCUUGCUUACCCAACCCAACCGCGUCUCCAAUCCCCGCCUGCUGCUACUACUUAUAUCCCAUCCACCCGCCUCGCCGCAAACCAUCGAUCAAUCCAACUAAUAACCAAUCUAAUCUACUCCUCGCCGUCGCCGCCGGAAUCCCCUCCCUCCCUCCCGUCCAACAACCGCCGCAGUCAGCACCACCAGCUCUCACCGUCGAGCUCGCCAGGAUGGGUUCGGGGAGCCGCGCGGCGUCGUGCCUGUGCUGCCCGUUCAAGUGCCUGGCGUGCGGCCUCUUCAGCUGCCUCUGCAGCAUCCUCGUCUCGCUCCUCGUCACCGCCGGCGUCCUGGCCCUCAUCCUCUACUUCCUCUUCCGCCCGCAGAUGAUCGCCGCCACCGUCGACUCCGCCUCCCUCGCCCAGUUCCAGCUCUCCCAGGCCAACCCCGCGCUGCUCCAGUACAACCUCACCCUCGCCAUGACCGUGCGCAACCCCAACAAGCGGGUGGGGCUCUACUACGACGGCGUCGAGGCCCUCGCCCUCUUCGACGGCCAGCGCUUCGGGUUCGCGCCCCUCGACCCCUUCUUCCAGGGCCACCAGGCGUCCACGGAGGUGAAGCCGGCGUUCGGCGGCCAGCAGGUGCUGGAGGGGGACGUCACGCAGGCCAACCUCAGGUCGCAGCUGGCGGGAGGCGCGGUGGAGGUGGAGGUGAAGCUCAACGCCAAGCUCCGCGUCAAGGUGUGGGCGUUCAAGGUGCCCGGGCCCCGCGCCAGGAUCAGCUGCCCGCUCUCCCUCCCCGCCCCCGCCGCCGCAAACGCCCCCGCGUUCAAGCCCACGGAGUGCAAAGUCUGGUUCUGAUUCGAUUCUCCACCAUUGGGGAACCUGAUCUGAUCCGUUCUCUCGAUUCGAUUCCUUGGUGCGUAGGUUGGUUGCGCGAUGCUCUUGCUGAUGUGCGUCGCCCGCCGUGGUUUAUCUUGGUAGUAGAGAUUUUCGCAUCUACUGCUAGUAGUACUAGUUGGAUUCGUAGCUAUGCACAUACUGUCGAUUGGUCGAUUACUCGUUCGUUUGGUUCUUUGUUAGCGAUGUUACCAUACCUAGUUACAUUGGGGUUCUACUAUUCGAACCGUGUUGAUAUAUGCAUCGAUAUUCAGAUUUCUUUCAUUCA